AUGACCACCAAAACUGCAACUACGGCCAUCGCUCAGCGGUCUGCCACCAACGACUCCGCCGAAUCAAGCGAGAAAGGCGUCUCCUCUCGACGGCUAAAGAAACGAGAAAUUGAUCGACGUUGCCAACGGCAGGCCCGUGAACGCACAAAGUCUCGAAUAGCCCACCUGGAAGGCCUGGUCGAGGAGUUUCGUCGCCAAGAUGCCACUGGACAAGUGGCGCUUCUGAUGAAGCAGUUGCAAGAGGCAGAAGCAGAACGGAACUUGAUGGCAAAGACAUUGAAAGACAUUCAGAAGGCGCUCGAUCUGCGCAGGCCCCCAGCAUCACACGAGGAGCCUGUGUUCCUUGACGAAGAUGACAAGCAGAAACCGAGCAUAGAGUCUUUAUCCGACGAUACCCCACUAAAUUUCAAGACCGAGUCCGAGGAAGACGUACAAGUAUCUGUUGUCAGCAGUUUCGACAGAACCAACUUCACGCCUUCGCCGAACACCAAUGACAAACCUCCGGGCACGCUCCUUGCACCGCCCAUCGUGCAACUGAGCUGCGACAACCCAGGCCCGAAGAACCAGGCGCUGGUGCAAUGCAAGAGCAGUGAAAAUGAUGGGCAACAACUCCCCCUAUGGACAGAUCACUGGGCAAGGCCACGAAAGUCAUGUACCUGCCAUACAUUUUCAAAGCCUGUGCCUGGACAGCCCGUGGUCUGGCGCGGCAACUACUGGGUAUAUGCCAACCAGGUGUUGAGCCAGCGAUUUGGGUGGCCCAAGGAUAUCACACCCGCGUCCGCGGAAGUGAGCGACGAUGUUCCGGUGCGGGCUUUGUUGGAAGGAUGGGAUUCUGUCGCCAAACGGGGCCCGUUGCAUCCUUCAUGGCAAAUUCUCCGGCAGAUUGACGAGAAUUUGUUCUGUACAUGUCCAGAUACUGAACGAUUGGCGGUCAUGAGAGCGAUGCAUGCGCUUAUUCAGUUUCACACCGAGUCGACUUCACAACUUUUCCAGCGCUUACCACCAUGGUACAUGCGCCGCCCCUCGCAAUCAAUAGCACAUUCCUACGCAAUUGACUACUAUGCCUGGCCGGGGCUCCGCGAGCGAUUUAUCUUCGGUGAGCAUAAUUACUGCCAGAAUGAAUUUUGGCGUUUGUUUUGCAAAAGCCUGCGUAUACUGUGGCCGUAUGAGUUCAGAGACUGUUACACGCGCGAGGUGGAAACCGGAUUGUAUAAAAUCAAUCCGAUGUUCGACCAAAGAUUGGGUGAUAUUAAAUGCUGGACUAUGGGCCCGGAUAUUUUUCAGCGAUACCCAGAACUUUACAGUGAUAUGCCAACUUUCAACCAAAUUCCGCAGCAAGUACCAACCCGCGCCUCAAGGCAAGAAAACAACACUAUCACCCACCCUAGGUCCCGUAGGGCCGCGACAUCAUCAACUGAUGAGCAAGAUAAAGCCAUCAAGCUCCCGUCAGCCCCAACUCACUAUGUCCCUAUGCAGCAUAAUUAUGCGCAUGUUCAGCAACCCAAUGGAAGCGGGUAUAUUCAGAGCGGGGUGAACAGUAAUCACUCGAAUCCGAAUCCGCACGCAUAUAAUCUGUCAGACAUCACGCCUAUAAUGGCCCUUGAUGCAUUUGCAUUUGGUGCGAUCAGUGAGGUCGACUUCGCCGCGGUUUUCCAUCCAGAAGCAAGUGAGGGAUAUCCAACGGUACAGUUCUGA